AUGCCGCUCAUCAAACCUUACUUCACUCCAGCACUUGUGCUCCUGGUGUUCAGCUCCUCUCUGUGGCACGUCGCUCAGCCGCUGCCAAUGAAGAGCAAAGGGUUGAUAACAGAAUCCUGUGUCUUAUAUGCAAACACUCUCCUACAGAAUAUCACUUUUGCUCUCACACAGAACAACCUGUUCAGUGGAAUCGAUUGCUCAAAGCAGAGUGUGGAGCUGAACACAGAGACGAACACGCCAUCUGUGUGUGCACCAAAGGGAUCAACAUGUUCUGGAAUCACUACAUCAGUCUUUGAUCAGGAGUCAUGUCUGAAAAACAUUGUGCAGGAUUUGGAUCACUACUACAAAUUUCUGGCAUCUCAUCUGGACAGUAACAAUUUGCUCAAAACAACAGUUCUGUUCAGCCUCAGAGAAUUCAUGGAGAACUGCUUCACAGGGUCUGCGUUCACAGAUUUGACCCUAAAGCGGGAUGUUGAAGACCGUCCGAGCACCUACGAUGAAAGACUGAGCCUCUGCAAAGUGUUGAAGGGCUUCCAAAUCCGCACCAUCACUAUCAACAGGGUGGUUGGAUAUGUGCACUCUGGAGAUCACACAAAACCUGUUCUCCAAUAG